GAAAAAAUUGGUGGGUGUGUCUAACGCACGGAACAAUAAGAUUUAUUCGUGGAAAUUUUGCCUAGGAAAGUGAAGGCAACGGUCAUUGGCUAAGAAAAGGAUGCACGCGGUUGGAUUGCACUCGGCGCUGGCCAUCAAGCGUCAGAGAAAACGCCGGGACGAGCAGCGUCGUGCCCGCGAGCGUCGUUAUAGCGCGCAAUCGGGCGAGAGCGGCCUGACGUCGCCCAGGGCUUCGACCGGUUCCUUGGAUCAACAACCGAAACACCAUAAAACCGGACAUCCGAAUCGUUCUGCCGGCCAGGGUAUGUUGGAUUCGAAGGUGGUCACGUCGGUGGGAAUGCUUCACAUCGGCGUGGUCUUCCUGGUGUUCGGUGCUUUUCUUCUCAUGAGUGGCCUGUUGCCGGGAGAUCUCGCCCAAUGGGGAACCAAAGCGUCUGGAGGCUGGUGGAACGAGCUGGUAGCCAUAGGUCUGUUCGCUAUCAUAGUCGGCAUGUUCCUCAUCAUUUUGAACAAGGUGAUCGCGAAGAAGGAAGAAAACGAUCUGGAAGAGUACGUGCAAAGGCAAUUAACCAGGUCCAAGUCGGGACACAGACUGGAGAGAGACGCGGAAACCGGAGGAUUGACUACCAGGCAAGCCAGAAGAGCGAGGCAACUGCAACAACAGGCAGCUACCGCUGCAGCUAUAGAAACGGAGAACGAGAAAGAGUCUAGUUCUCCACCAAGAAGUCCUCCGCCUGCUUAUUCGCCGCCACCGACGCUCAACGGGGAUCACCAGACUGCUCAGUCCGCCCUAUAUCUCGAACAGAUCACCGAAGAGGAGGUUAUCAGUGACCGCGUAGAAACGUCGACCACUAACAGCUUGAGUCCCGGUUCACCGAGCGAGACCAGGGAAUUAUUGCAGAAUCCUCGCCAUUCGAAGCAAAACGGCAACCCUCAACAGGUUCAUCGGCCGCUUUACGUGUCCAAGAUUUAAAUUACGAGGGAAAGUUUGGAGCCCGUUCUGGCUUGAAGUUUGUACGAUCGCGAGGAUCUCAUAUAUAUCGGGAACAAACUUGAGUAGACGGUUUCUGCGACGGCGACGAUGAUGACAACGGGACGGCGAUUUUACAUUUUGGUAUCGCGAAAGCUUCGAACGUGUUUCGAUCAAAUGGGUAACAUCUUGGAAAGCGUAGUUUAUCGAUGGAAUUUGUAAAUGGUUUUGAAAUUCGGGGAAAGGGAAGAAAGAGUAUUUAGAAACGAGAAAUUGAAUCGUCCAAUUAAGAGAUUUUCUGUGGAAUUAAUCAUCGAUUACGAUGAACUAAGAUACACGAGCCAAUACCGAUAGUCUGUUUAUCGAAGUUAUCGAGAUUUCGUCUAUUUCUUGUAGCAGCCGUUUAAAUUUAAAUAUCUCACUACUGUCUUACAGCUGAUUCGAUUCUUCCCGUAAGCUAUCAGUAACGAGGGAUUUUUCUUCCAAAAUAAAGAUCUCGUCGUUAAACGUUCGCAUAACCUGACCAAUGGGACCAAGGUUUCGUGCGUGACAUCAAUUUUCUUUGAACCACCUAAACAAAACGCAACACUAUCAUUCAUCAAAUACGAUAAGAGAUUAUCAAAAUACGAUUCGUCAAUGAAAACAUUCCCGAAACAAAAUUCAUUGUUCGACACGUCGAGCGUUUAACAAUUCCAUUAAUCGAACUCUACGGUUCAACCUUGCGGAUGCUGAAUGAGGGCAAUCGACCGUAAAACAAGCAACUAAUCGAAAGCAUCUCAAUCGAACUACUAGUCGACGAAAGUGUAAUCUACAUAGUCGAAAAUGCAAUUUCCCGUGCGCUAAUUUCGAUUCGAAUACAGCCGCCUCUAUCUCCUUGAAAGUUUCGUAUUCUCGAGGAAUCGAGUUUCACAGAGCGUAUUCACCGAGCAUUCCACUUGGCGCCGAACGCGAUUCUGCAUCGAGCAAUUUCCCGUCAGGAAGUCCAGCGGGAACCGAUACCGGCUCGUGUCUACAGGGGCAACGUGUCUCUUUGUGUAUACGCUUCGGUUGUUACAAGGAAAGGGAAAUUUAACAAAAUACAGAGAGAGAAAGAGAGAGAGAGAGAGAGGAGAGAGAGAGAGAGAGAGAGGGAAGAAGAAAUCCUUCCUAGCGAACACUCGGUAGGAAAUCAAUUUCCUCAACGAAUUACAGCGGUGGUGAGAUUGUUAUUCGUGGCAUUGUCGCUGCUUGUAGAAAGUGAUCGAGAUCUCGAUAGUUUCAGCUCAGACUGUGAGCUGAGAAAGUUAAGUUUCCCCUGUUACGGUGCGAAAGAUGCAACGACACGUGUACAGUUUUUGAAUAGUUUCCUUAUAGUCGUUCAGACCUGCUGCGUUCUUUGCAUUAUUUUAGAUUCGAAUUUAGAUCGAGUAAAAAAAAAAAAAAAAGAAAUGAUUACUGGUACGCACGAUGUCUCGUUUUAACUUAACGUUGAACAUCUUCGUGAAAUAUGGCAAAUCUUUUUUAUUUGAUCAAUGAGAACAAGAAAUAUAGAAAUUGGGGAAUCGCAGCAGGGUUAAGAAUGAAAGUUUUUAUGACACUUUAGGGUUAAUCGUGUGGUUAAUCGUUAACCUCUGGAGGGAUACUGGCACAUAUUUAUGUAUUUAGCUUUCUUCUUUACCAAGGUAUCGAUCCAAAAGACAGUUCAAGUAUGAAGAAUGUACGCGUACAAAAGGUAAGGACAAAGAAUAAGGAAUGUCGCAAAAGAACUUUAUUACGAAAAUUAAGUUUGAAUAUCUUGGUAUACCUCUCGAAACAAACCUCAACGAAUUGAACUAUAUUCGUAAUAAAAUUCGUAGUAUCGUGAAAAAGUAAUUAUUUUAUAUCAAGUUAAAUACUACAGAAUACUGGGAGAAAGUAAGAAAUGUUCAAUUCUGUUAUUGUCGAAACAAAAAUCCGCCAAUUUUACUAAUAUUUAAAUACUUUGUGUUACGCAUGACGCUUUAUUAUUUAGCGAUAUGCAAACAUGCAAACUUGCAAACUUUCCGUUUUCAAUUAAUACACCAAGUCCCCAACGAAUAUUUCUGUAAUUCUAAUUGCGGUUGCUAGCGACUAUUAGUCGACAAUAAAUAAAUAAAUAACAAUAAUAAUUUCUGUAAUUCUCCGCGUUCUAAGAAAACUUGUAAGUGCCAGUUGCCGUCAACAAAAUACGCCAUAUCACCUUGAAAUCGUUUGAAAUGGACACUUCUUAUUCUUCUUUAUCCUUGUCUUUCGUACGUGAACAAUAUUACCAAUUUAAAAAUUAUUACAUUAUUUCUCUUCAAGAAGAAUAACAGUAUAGAGAGUAAUUAUCCUUCAUCGACUUCUAAUAUCAGCAAAUUCAUUCCUGAGGAGGUUAACUCGCUUAAUGACCUCGACUUUUCUCGAUGAUGAACAUACGGAAGAGCAAAAGGGACGAUCCGAAAGUUUGCGGUAGGAACCACGCAAGCAAGAAAGCUAUUCGUCCAUCGAAGCUUCUGGUCAGAGUUGCGAUUUCUCUCUUUUCGAAGGAAAGUUCGGAGAGGUCGCGGAAGUUCUCGAUAGAACCGAUUUAAUCUUCGUUAAGUAUGAGGAAGUAAGUAAGAGCGAAGAAUCGAUCGAGUUGUUAGAUUUUCCAAGUUCUUGCGUGGUACUGCCGAGGAUGUGGAAGGAAAUAUUUUCGAGGCUGUUCGUGGCAGGCUUUGAAUCGUGACAUAUUAUCGAGGAUAUGACUGGAUUUAUGUCUUGCGUGCGAUGGAGGUCCUCGUGGUGUACGUGUGAGGCGAAGAGUAUGCGAAGAGUACCAUGGAGAAAUACCGUUUUCCAUGGAGAAAGACGUAUUGGUUCUCCAUUGAAAGAGGAAGUCGAAUAAUCAGAUUGCGUUUCAUAACCAUAAAACCACAUAGACUUUCGAUUAUUACAAGCUGUGUUACAUACAUUCUUAUAUGUUAACGCUAUACGGAACGAAAUAUGAUACUUUAAAAUUUUACCAUUAUCGGAUGACAUAUUUGUGGUCCUUUGGAUUUUGAUCGUGUUUGUUCCGAGGUUUCGUUUUGGACAGAGCUGAGACUGAAGUUAAGAUGCCACUGGAUAUUUGUAUGGUCGCGGUGUACAAAAAUAUGACACGUUUGAAAUCGCAUUGAAAGACAAUUUGUCUUUUCCAACAUUGAAAUUUCAUUUGGAAAUCAUAAAAAAGGCAGAAAAUUAGUUUAAUCUUGUUUCGUAAGCAAACUGCAAAUGUUCAUACAAAUUCACUUUUUUUCUGAAUAUUAUCAAAGAAAUAGAACGUGAACAAAGAUACACAUCAUUUUUACUUUAUUAAGGAUACCGUUGAACAUUAUGUGCAUUCUUGUACACUUCUGAAUCUGCCAUAAAUGCAUGAACAGGGAUAUAGAACCGACGUAACAGGAUAUCCUGGUACACGAAAAUUGAAUUCAAGAUACGAUAAAAUAAAAUUUUAUCGAUAAGUUUUAUGAGUUCGUCCGUCCGAUUUUUUACAUAUUUUUAAAUAGAUCUUGUCACUGUGUAUCUCGUAGCUCUAUAAAAAUUGAAAAUUUUACGGUGGUCUUAUAGUUAUGAGACGCAGCUUAUAGAAAGGAAAGGAUGGAAUAUCGCCAAACGCGAAGAUAUAAAACUAUGCACUCAAGGACCAAGAUAUAAUUAAUUCGAAAUGGUUGAGAUAGACAAUUUUAAAGAGGAUCUCGAAAAAGACGAAGAGGGAAUAGAAAAAUGACGGGCGGGAAAGAUGAUACCGCAUGAUGGCUGAUAUGUUUCUUCGGCCGCGGGAUAUCAGUAAUUAAAUUCAUCGAUUAAUCAUCUAUAUCCGAAAAAAAAUUCAAUUUAAUAGACGUGUAAGAAACUAUACAGAGGUUUUCGACGCCAACAUACUCAUAUUAUACUUUAAUAUUUAAAUUGUAAGUAAAAACGGACCCGAGAUCGGGACUACGCGUCUUUAGAGAGUACGAUUUGUCGAAAACGAAUGUCCUUUAACGUUUAAGCAUGUCGUUCCCGAUAUCGAUGGUCUGAUAUCAGUCAUUGUAUAUGCAAAAUCGUUCGCGUUCUAAUCUAAUUUCACGAUUUAUUCGGUCUGACGAGGGAGUAAUAGGAUUAUUAAAAAAUCAUUUCGGUUUCGUGCGCGUAUAACAUUUAUCGACAAAAUCAAUAAAUAAGUGUAUCAUCCUGCCAUUCGUUUUAUUAGGUAAGUCGUCACGUAGCAAAUUUCGUUUUGAGGCGAACGGUAUCAACAAGUCUGUAACUUGUUUCAUGUGAAAAAGUAAGAACUAUUUCGAAUCGAUGCAUAUCUCUUCUAUUUUUUCUUUUUUUUUUUUUUUUUUCGUCAUUGUAUUAUCGUUAUUAUCAGGGUACCAUUGCACAAUGAUUUAUUAACUCAGUAAUAUUAACAAAUUGAAGAGUCACGAGUUUCUCUUCCAUCAUUUUAUAAUUUUCUGUGAAAUAAUAUGAUCAAAUAACAUGUAAUUUGUACAAUUUGCGUGAACAAUUUCGUUGAUUAAUUAUUACAUUUGUUUCUGUGGUAUAAGAAAAUUUAUUACAGUCGAUAACUCAUGACUUAUAAGAUUUCAUUAAUUUCAAUCGUGCAAGAGGUUUUGUAUAACCGAGUAAUAUAAUUUUUAAAUUUCAUUUAUAUUUAAUAGGAAUUUUUCAUCACGCAUAAUUUUCAUCGCAUAAUUAAUUAUUCUCCUUAUCUCGUAUUUCAUUCCUUGAAGUAUUUUUCAUACGUGCAAUAAAUCUCCUCCGUAAUAUCCUCCAUUUUCGCAAACUUAUACGAAAUAUCAUGUUUUUUUCCCGAAAGAUUCAUUAAAUCUACAACACAGUAUGAAAUAUGUAUUCAAUCACGUCUGCGUGCACAAAACAAUUAUAUAAUCGUUGAACGUGUCUCCUUUCUUUUUUGCCACAUCUGACUCAUGUAAUCACUUAGCUAAUCGAUUUGGUCGGUAAAAAUAGCGAUAUUUAAUAGAGAAUCGACGCGAUGAAACAAUCCGCUGCUCUCCGAUCACGAGUUCGCGUUAUUUUCAUCCCUUAAACAUUACAUUCCGAUUUUGCAUUCGAUAUAACUAAACAUUCCAUUCAAAGUACUUACGAGUAGUCACUUAUAGCCUUAAUUCUUCGAGUUGAAUUCACGGUUUUUCGUGAAAGAAUGGUCGAAUUAGUAAGAAGUUUAGGUAGAACAUUUAGUCGAGAGAGGAUACUUCAUUGUAGAAAGUGUCACGAAUCUUAACCAUUUUUUGACUAUAGUCGAGGUGUAAACUAAAAGUAUAAAGUUAAGGUCGUAAAUGUAACAGAUUACGAAGCAUUUCAUUACAUUUUCUAUUACGUUCCAAAAUUUGUUCAAGAGGAAACUUAGCGUUCUGUAUGACGAUUGAGAGAGAACAAAAUUCGCGAAAGAAAAUUGUAACGUUUCUACUUUUCCACACGUUAUAGUUUAGUCCAGAGAUAUCGAUCGUUUAGGGUAAUUCAAUCGCUCCAUCCAUUAUGUUAAUCAGCUGUUCGUCUCUUUUUAACACCUCGAAAGGCUCUAACGGUAAGAAUGGAACAAAUAUUAUUCUACGAAGUGAUAUAGACAGAGAGUAUGAUAUUUAACAAAUUCGAGGCCGCUGAUUAUACAUUGCGUGACCCGUGGUAUUCGUCCAAGUUGUAAAACGAUGAAAAGCAGACAAAAAAUUUAUUACGGAAGAUAAAAUGGUCUCGAAUGAUAUAUCACGUGAAGUCUGCUUUUAAACUGGGAGCGUUCCAAUCUUUUAAAAGUCACUUACUUACAUUUUUUAUAUACCAAUUAAUAUUCCAUUCUCUAUAAGAGGAGGUAAUAAAGUAUUUGUAUGUGAAAAUGGUUACAUUAAAAGACGUUCUACUUUCAA